AUGCCGGGGAGCCAGAACGGGGGGCCGAGGCCUCGGCCGGUCAAAGCCGAGACCAUCCACGGUCUUGCGCGCGCCGGCGACCUCGCCGGCGUCCAGAGGAAGCUGCGGGAGAACACCGCCCUCCUCAACGACAAGAAUCCCGUGAUGUGUCAAACGCCACUUCAUGUUGCUGCUGGCUACAAUAAUACAGAAAUAGUCAAGUUCUUGCUUAACCAGCAAGGUACAGAAACAGUUGAUUUGGAGGCAAAGAACAUGUAUGGAGAGACUCCUCUGCAUAUGGCAGUGAAGAACAGUUCUUGCGGAUCAACAAAUCUACUUCUUGAACAUGGUGCACACAUAGAAGCCGAAGCCAAUAACGGCAUGACACCAUUGCAUUUAGCUGUCUGGCAUGCACUUCAAGCUGGAGACUGCAGCACGGUUAGCGUGUUACUAAGCUACAACGCGGAUUGCUUUGCGAAAGAUGAUGAAGGCAAAAUGCCCUUAAAUCAUAUUCCAGGAGGAGCUGGUAGUGAGAAGCUGCUGAAACUCCUCACUCAUCAUAUGGAAGAGCAAAGAAAAAAGAAAGCUCUCAUGUCAUGCCUUGAAGGGAAAGCAAUGUCAGAGUUUGAAGAGGCAAUAUCACAAAUUGUUGGAUUGCAGGAGCUAAAAAUGCAAUUGCGCCGAUGGGCAAGGGGAAUGCUUUUUGAUGAGAAGCGACGGGCUAUGGGCUUAGGGAUUGCUAGAAGGAGAGCUCCCCAUAUGGCAUUUCUUGGCAAUCCGGGAACUGGCAAAACUAUGGUUGCUCGAAUUCUUGGAAAGCUCCUUCACAUGGUUGGAAUUCUCCCUACUGACAAAGUAACUGAAGUUCAGCGAACUGAUCUUGUUGGAGAAUUCGUGGGGCAUACUGGACCAAAGACUAGGAGGAAGAUACAAGACGCAGAGGGAGGUAUUCUCUUCGUGGAUGAAGCGUACAGGUUGAUACCAAUGCAAAAAUCUGACGACAAGGAUUAUGGUUUAGAAGCCUUGGAGGAGAUAAUGUCUGUAAUGGACAGUGGCAAGAUUGUUGUCAUAUUUGUUGGGUACUGUGAGCCAAUGAAGCAAGUCAUCGCUUCCAAUGAUGGCUUCUGUAGGCGGGUCACAAAAUUCUUCUAUUUUGACGAUUUCAGCACGACAGAACUAGCAGAGAUCCUACAUAUGAAGAUGAAGAGCCCAAGUGAGAGUAGCUUGCUUUAUGGGUUUAAGCUGCACCCAAGCUGCAGCAUUGAAGUCAUUGGAGAGCUGAUUGCCAGAGAGACCACCGAAGAGCGGCGGAAACAGAUGAAUGGAGGCCUUGUAGACACACUGCUCAUCAAUGCCCGUGAGAACCUGGAUUCACGGCUUGAUUUCAACUGCGACGACACUGAUACUAUGAUCACGAUCACGUUGGAAGACCUGGAAGCAGGGCUUCGGCAGAUUUCCAGACAACGGCAAUUGCAGUGA